CGCCUUUUCACGAACGCUGAUAACGUAGUUAAUAAUUAGGUAGAUAAGAAUGAAACAGGAAAGUAUAUAAGAAGAAUUAAUGGAACGUUAAUCGCAAUCGGAAAAGCUUAAGCUAUGAAGAUUCUCGUGUUUGCUGCCUUCGUUACGUUGUGCUCGGGCCACGUACUCCCCACUAUCCCAGGGGAUAACAGCCACUAUGUUGAAGGCGAGAGCCGAUACAUCUGGCUGCCUGAUGACCAGGGUAAGCCUUUGCUGGUAGACUUGCACGAGCCUGUUGAUGAAUCGGUGCUGUCUUCCAGGAAUGGCGCCGAUAACGCUUACUGGCUUUUCACCAGGCAAAAUCGUAACAACCGUCAAGUCAUUGUUAAUGGCCAAAUCAACACUCUUCGUAACUCGAACUUCCGCGCAAGCCGUCCCACAAAAGUGAUCGUGCAUGGAUGGAGGAACAGUGGAACUUCUCCAAUGAAUCCGCAGAUUACGGAAGCCUUCCUCAACAUUCAGGACUGCAACGUCAUCGUGGUUGACUGGAGUCGCCUUGCCGGCAAUGUUAAUUACAACACCGCUGCGGCUGGCGUUCCAUCAGUCGGACAGCACCUUGGCAACUUCUUGGUCUGGGUCUUCAACAAUAUGGGCGGUAACUGGAAUCAACUGCACUUAGUCGGGUUCAGUUUGGGCGCCCACAUCGUUGGCGUUGCUGGUCGCACUGCCGGUCGCAGACCAGGGCGAGUUACAGGUUUGGAUCCUGCUGGCCCUGGAUGGGGUAAUAAUAAUAAUCGACUUAGCAACAACGCUGGAAAUCACGUUGAGGCCAUACAUACCGACGGUCGUAUCGCCGGUAUCAUGAACCCGGUAGGCGACGCUGACUUCUAUCCCAACGGUGGCAUGAACCCUCAGCCUGGAUGCGCAGUAAGCACAUGCUCUCACGGCCGCGCAACUGAGCUCUUCGCUGCCACUGUUCAGCGCAAUCAUCUCGUGGGAAGACGUUGCAACAAUAUCUGGGAAGCUGAGUUGACCCGUUGCACCGGCGCUAACCUCCACAUGGGCAAUGGCAUUAUUGGCAAACGAGGGAGCGGACUUUAUGGAUUGUUGACAGGCCGUAGUUUUCCUUUCUAAUCGGAUCUAUGAACAACCAGAACGUAUGAUUAUUAAAAAUAAAAGAUUUUUACAUAAAAUUA